AUGAAUUAAUAAAAAAAGAUAAAGAUUUAAAUUUAGCCAUAAAAUAUUCCAAAUUUAAAUUCCAUCACAUUUCAGUUUGCAUAAUAGGAAAGCUUAUUGAAAUAAGCAAUUUAAUUUAUUCUUGGUAAUAAUAUCAACCAUUAUUUAGAUUAAAAUGAAGAAAUAGAUUAAUAGAAUAUAAUUUUUUAUUCAAAAUAAAAAAAAAGAGUCAUUUAUGAAUAAGAAACUGUGGAUAGGUAAUAUGAGUCUAUAUUAAUAUAAGUAUUAUCGACCUAGACGAGAAACCUGAAAUAGAAUUAUAUUUAUUCAAUGAUAUUCUAAAUCGUUUAGCUUCUAAAUAAGAACAAAAAAUAGAAAUUAUAAAUUAAUAAUCCAAUGGUGAUUCUAAGAAUUAAAACACCAAAAUUGAGAUGGCAGCAUUGAAUAAAUAAAUAGAAGAAUUACUUUAAGAAAGAAAUGAAUUUAGAGAGAAAUGUUCUUCUUUAGAAGAGAAAUUAAGAAAUUUAAAGAAAUAAUAGUAAGAAAAGCCAAAUUUUUAAAAUGAUUAAUAAAAUACCACUAAUCUUGAGAGUUAUAGAUUGAAAUUAGAAUAAUCAAUAAAAUCAGUAACAUAACUAAAAGAUAUAAAGUAAAAAUAAGAAAAGUUUUUAGAGGAACUAGAUAAAAAAUUACAUCAAAAAUAAGAAUAGCUUACCUAAGAAAUUUAGAAAAAUACAUCUCUUUAAUAAGCUAAUAUUAAUGCUCUCAGGGAUUAAUAAACACUAGAAGGGAAAUUGUAAACUUUAAGGGAAGAAUUAAAAAAAACUAUCUAUCAAUAAGAAAAACUACAAAAAGAAGUUGAUUAAAAAAGCAAAAGUCUUUAGGAUACAUUAGUGAUUUUAGAUUCAUUUAAACAAUCCACUCACUCUCAAGAAGAAAAAAUUAUUUAGAGAAAUAAUAUUAUAAGUGAAAAAGAAAAAAAAAUCAAUUAACUUUCAGAAGAGAUUAUAUUGCUCAAAAAAGAUAAGGAAAAACUAUAAUCAGAUUAUUCCAGUUUGAUUGUUGAUAAAUAGGAAAAAAUUAUAAAAUUAAAAUUAUUAGAAAAAGUAGAUAAUAACUUGAAAUUUAUAAGUUACUUUAUUGAAAAUAAUCCUUUUAAACAAUUAAAUGAUUUAUUCAUAACCCCAAUUGAUGCUAUGUAUAGAAAAAAGCUAAAUCCAUAUGAGUUUGAGAAAUAGUAAAAUGCCAAUACAAAUAUUUGUGAUGCAACCGUUAAAAAACUUUCAAUUGAAUCUGAGUAAAAUGUAUUAUAAUGGUUGCAAUUUAAAUCAGAUAAAUCUAUAAAUGAAUUCAUCAAAAAGAAUCCUUAAAAAAUGUUGAAAGUUUUAAAAUCAAUAAAUAAAGUAAGAUUAAUAAUUAUUAUUUAAGGAUGGUUAAGGAACUAAAUCAAAAUGUUUUCUAAUGCAGAUUUAAUAGAUUUAUCAUAAUGAUAAGUCUCUUGAAAAAAAAGUUUUUGCACUUAAAAUUAUUGAUGGACAUGAAGUUAUAACAAAGGAAGAACAUGCUAUAUUUUUAGCAUAUUAAAUAAUUGUUGCCUAAGUUUUAGCUGAAUGCUUUUAAUAAAAAUUAACAAAGUCACCAUUCAAAUUUGAAUUUUAGCUACCACAUUUGUUCACUAUUGGAGAGAGUAAGUUAUAGCUUUUAAAUUAGAUAUCUACCUUGGAUAAGAAUUAUUGAAUCAAGAUUAUAAGAGUUUUCAGUAAAAUGUUGAUAAUUCAGUAAUCAAACUGUUCAAUGCCUUUUCAUAAUUCACAAGUGAUUUUACUUCUGGAGCAUUAAUUGUUACAAAUUUUAAGGGAGGGUAAUUGGUUGGAAAUAAAUAUAUAUUAUUUGAGCCAAUUAUACAUACUCCUGGUGGAAUAUUUGGUCCAGAGGACUAAGGUCAAAUUGGAUUUGAUCUUGUUCUCUAAUCACUUAGGGAAAACCCUGAAUUAAAUGGAUAAGAAUACCUAAAAGGAUUAAAUUAUAAUAUUUGA